GCAGACAAAACCAAGCAACAACAAAACGCUGCCAGUGAUGGCUACUGAUCCGAAAUUUGUGAACAACACCACACGCUCCACUUCCAGCACUGAGCUGGAGUCGCUUGGAGUGUCUGUUGAUGCAAAUGCUGCUGAAAUGAUUGGGCCGUUUAUAAAGCAUCCGCUGGAGCACACCUGGACGCUGUGGUACUUGCAGAGCGAUCGCUCCAAGUCGUGGGAGGAGCUACAAAACGAAAUCACUAGCUUUGACAUGGUGGAGGACUUUUGGAGCCUGUACACACACAUUAAGCCACCAUCAGAGUUACGUUUUGGCAGCGAUUAUUCUUUGUUCAAGAAGGGCAUACAGCCCAUGUGGGAGGAUGAGGCCAACAAAUUUGGCGGUCGUUGGGUCAUAGCUACGGGCCGCAGCAAGUUCGAGCUGGACAAGCUCUGGCUGGAUGUGAUUCUAAUACUGAUUGGCGAGUCUUUUGAUCACACUGAGGAAAUCUGCGGCGCUGUCAUCAACUUGCGCGGCAAACAAAACAAAAUUUCUGUUUGGACUGCCAAUGGACAGAAUGAGGGGGCAGUCAUUCAUAUAGGCUUGAAGUUGCGCGAAAUGUUGCGUUUGCCGCCGCUCCAGAUGCAGUAUCAGCUGCACAAGGACUCGAUGACCAAGCAGGGAUCGAUGGUUAAAUCGGUUUACUGCCUCUAAGCCUGACACUGUCACUCCCAGCU